AUGGCACCAGUAAUGAUUUCUCUCAGAAAUGUUGCUUCAACUGGUGGGCUGCUUAUUGCCCUGGUGGCGUUGUGGUACCUGUAUCGUGGAUACUGCGUGCGAAGACGCUUCCAGAGAUUGCAGAAGCAGGGAGUUCAUCACCCAAUUUUCGGGCAUCUCAUCGCUGUCGGCAAGCUCAUGGCAGACAUACCCAAGGAUGCCCACGGCGAUUAUCUUAUGGUUCUCGUCCAAGACAACUGGCAAUACCUAUUCCCUAGCUGCAAGCGCUGUCCACCGGCGGCCUACCUCGAUCUCUGGCCCUUUUCGCCGCCUAUGAUUCUCAGCCUGCACCCGGACGUGUCGGCACAAUUCACGCAGGACUUUAGCCUUGACAAGGCGCACAGUACGGCCGCAUUUCUGUACCCCUUGACGGCCAACCUGGACGUGUCAUCAAGUAAUGGUUCGCAGUGGAAGCUGCGACGGCGGCGCAUAUCUCCAGGGUUCAGCAUGCAGAAUAUCACGUUGCGUGUGCCAGAUCUGCUCGAGGAGGUGGAGGUUUUUGUGGACGUACUGCGACGGGCAGUGGGCAAGGACGGUGGCUGGGGGCCCGUAUUCCCUCUUGAAAAGAAGGCGACGCUCCUGACUCUCGACAUUAUCGGCCGCUUCACCUUGGAUGUGCGAUUGCACGAGCAGACGUCUCCUCUGACGCCGUUCUCUGCCGGGAUGCUAGAUGUUAUUCCGCGGCUGUCUUUCCACAUGCACAUCGGCAACGUCCUAACGGCACUGAAUCCAUGGCAGCAGUUGAGGGUGUGGUGGGACAACCGCAUGAUGGACAACUACCUGCUGCCGAUGCUGAAAGCUCGUAUUGCUGCGUUAGGGAAUGACUCCGGGCCGAGUGACGAGAAGCUGAGCAAAAACCACAAGACGCGCACCGUGAUCGACAUCCUGGUGCGUGCAAUGGCCGACGACCGGGAGGACGAGAGCAUGUUUCUGGCUUAUGCAUUGGCCGAGACGAAGCACACAAUACGACGGGCCUUCAGCCUGGCGUGGAUCUUCCACAUUCUGGCGCUCCACCGAGAUGUGCUGGACAAGGUCCGGGCAGAGCACGAGUCAGUGCUAGGACCGGACCCUGCGGCAAGCCUUCGUGCGUCUCCACAACUGCUCGGUCAACUCGUGUACACCGGCGCGGUCAUCAAGGAGAUGAUGCGCGUGCACACCAAUGUUGGCACGAUGCGCGAGGGCGCACCGGGCUUCCAGCUGUACGGCCCAGCCAGCUCAGGCUUCGAGGGCGUCGCAUUCCCUACCGAAGGCUGUGUCGUCUGGGACGGCAAUUUUGCCAUCCACCGCAACGCAGCGUUGUGGCCGCGGCCCACGGAGUUUGUGCCAGAGCGGUGGCUGACAACAGACCGGUCGGACCCGUUGCACCCGCGGCACAAUGCAUACAGGCCGUUUGAGCAAGGGCCGCGCAACUGUGUGGGACAGCAUCUGGUGGUGACGGAAAUGAAGAUGGUGGUGGCGUUGGUGGUGUGGGAGCUAGAGCUGGAGCCGGCGUGGGACGAAAGGGACGCGCAGGGAAACACACACAAGAAAGAGACAGUCUGGGGCGAGAGGCUGUAUCAAGUCAGCCGAAACGGGCCCCCGCAUGUGAAGGACGGGAUGCCGGUGCACGUUCGACUCCGACAGGCAGCAUUUUGA